UGCCCAGGAUGUCUCCGCCCCGACUCAAGCGACAAACGCGCUCCUCGCUACCCUCGACGGUGGCCUCGCCGUCGCCUGCCGCUCCGGUGGGCUUGCGCUCCUCGUCCUCACCCUCGCAUUCGACCCGUCGACAGUCGCCGCGUUCGCCUACAGCCUUGUCUCCACGCGCUCGACGAGCUUCUACCUCCCGGGCCUUUGUGGAAACCCCGUCGAUGACGGCUGGGGUCGUGCCCGACCCGCGUCUGAGCCCUGUUACUUUGAGUGGUCCGCCCGUGGCUGCCCUGCCCGUGGUGCUAGCUGAGCCCAACCCGGAUUUGUCGGCCUCCAUGGUGAUUCGUCGUUCCAGUCGACAGCGUAAGCUCAAUUACACAUGUAUGGGUACGGAUUGGAUGGUGCACAAUGAUGUAAUCUUGCACCGUAAGAUGGUUCAAGACGGCCGCGUCAGCCAGUAUCAUCGCCCUCGCCGCGCUCCUCAAGGAUCAGAUGUCGGAGAAGAUGAAGAGCAACCUACCCCGGAGGAGCCGGUGAGUGCGGGUCCUCGGGCCGAAUCGCCCUUUUUCCGUCAUCAUGUCCAAUUUUCGCCCUCGGCUAAGGCGGCCUCGCCCUAUCGCGGUCGUCGGCGAUUGCGUCGAGUCCAAUUGCACAAUUUGACAUCUGAGGACGAACAAAGCGAGUUUCAACGCCGAUUCACCCGCGAUCUCCGCUCACGUCAGUCCAAAGCACGACAGCGCUAUCACGAAACCUUGACUAGUGAGGAUGAUUUUGACGAAAUCACGGAUCAACCGUCGCCCAGAACCUCACGGGCCGUUGUCAAGUCGGACGAAGCCGCCCGGCGGCCACAAUCCAGCAGUCCGAAGAGUUCCAAAGUAACCCCCGUUACCGCCACCCGAGAGCUACCGGCCGUCGAGGAGCACGGUGAUGAAGCUAUGGACGAAGCCUCUCAUUUGGAGCCACCACCCCCCGAUCACCGCCAACGACGUAGUCUUCGGCAAAGAAAUCAAAUGAGUAGUAGCCGACCGGCCGACCAGCCUUCCUCGGCCGAGUCUGAGUCUGAACAGACGGGGGAUGAAGCCGAAACGGCCGCUGAAAAGCCCCGCGAGCGUCCCUCGGUAGUGCAAGUGAUUGAAUCGGGUGUCGGUGCUACAAUGCGUAAUGGUCGUCCCAUGCGGAGUCGCAUGCCCGUCAACCGAUUCCAAUAUGAAGUUCCUGAACCAAAUGCGAGCCGUGCCUCUCGACGUGGAUCCCAGGAACUUCGCAAUCUUGAUCAAUAUUCCUCGGAUGAGGAAUUUCAUGCGAAUGGCGGGUCUGCGGGUCUCAAUGGUCGUCGACGGGGCAAUCGUUAUAACAUGCGUGAGAACCGACAAACUAUUCGGCGUUUCGAAGAGGAAAAUGUGGAAAGAAGCUCUUCUCGACCGAAUAACGUACUUAGACGAACCAACAACUUACCCAAUGCUAACGGAAGAACCUUAAGACCCACUCCGAAGCAAUCCAAGGAGAACCAAGUCCGUUAUCGGGACACCAGUUCGAGUAGCUCCGAAGACGACAAGACGGACGAUGAGAAAUUCCAGAAGCGGAAAACCAAGCGGAUGAAUAUUGAGCGGGCCAAAUUGUUGCCUUUGAACCUGGGAAAAGAUGACGUGUCCAAGGCCAUUUUCCGUGAUCGUCAAAAAGUGGGCGCCAGUUUGGCAGAUGUAUCACCCAUGGAGAUGGACAUGGGUGUGACCUUUGAAAGUGUUGGUGGAUUGGAAAGGCACAUUGACAGUCUGAAGGAGAUGGUCGUAUUUCCAUUGCUCUAUCCGGAGGUGUUCAAGAACUUUUCUCUUGCCCCACCCAGGGGAGUUUUGUUCUAUGGCCCGCCUGGCACGGGAAAAACUUUAGUGGCUCGAGCGCUAGCCUCUGAAUGCUCAAAUGACGGACGCAAAGUAGCCUUCUUCAUGCGAAAAGGAGCGGAUUGUCUCAGUAAAUGGAUUGGUGAAUCCGAACGCCAACUCCGACUCCUGUUUGACCAAGCCUACCUAAUGCGUCCGUCUAUUAUCUUUUUUGAUGAAAUCGAUGGUUUGGCCCCUGUCAGGUCCUCCCGGCAAGAUCAAAUUCAUUCCAGUAUUGUUUCAACUUUAUUGGCUCUCAUGGAUGGGUUGGACAACCGAGGUGAAAUUAUCGUCAUUGGAGCCACCAAUCGAAUUGAAAACAUCGAUCCCGCUCUUCGUCGGCCGGGUCGUUUUGACCGUGAAUUGCGUUUUGGUUUGCCCACGAGAAAUGCUCGGAAAGAAAUUUUAAGCCUUCAUACCAAGUCUUGGAUCCCUCAAGUCCCAGAUAAUGUGGUCAAUAUGUUGGCUGACGAGACUAUAGGCUAUUGCGGGGCCGAUUUAAAGGGUCUCUGUGCCGAGGCUGCUUUAUUGGCUCUUCGACGACGAUACCCACAAGUUUAUCAAACGAAUCAAAAGCUGGCCAUUGAUGUGAACAAGAUACUCGUAGAGGAUCGUGAUUUCAAAGCUGCCAUGAAACAAAUGGUUCCUUCCACUCAUCGUGUUCAAGAUCAACAUCAAUCUCCUAUCCCUCACGAUCUCAAACCAUUGUUGCAGACCACUGUAGAUGAGGUGUGCGCCAGGGUUCAUUACCUGCUCCCAUGUGCAGAAAAGAGAGCUGAUCAAAUGACUUAUAACUUUCGACCCAGAUUGCUAAUCACUGGUUCCAAAGGCCAAGGCCUAACCACGUACAUUUGUCCUGCCAUUUUGCAUUACCUCGAGAAACUACCCUGUCAUAAAUUAGAUAUUCCUGCCCUCUAUUCGAACUCUGCUCGGUCCCCUGAGGAAGCUCUACUCCAUGUGGUCCAUGAGGCUAAGCGGACCAUUCCCUCGGUUCUCUAUCUUCCUCAUUUUGAGCGCCUCUGGCGCAUUAUGACGGACUCUGUGAAGGAGACUUUCUUAUCUGUGGUUAGUGAUAUUCCUCCCACAGCCAGCUUGUUAUUCUUGGCCUCUGCUGAGACAUCCAAACAUGGCAAUGACUUUGAAGAAGAGUUCGAAAAUUUGUUUAAGACUGAUCGCAAAGAAAUAUUCGUUUGUCAGAAUCCAGACGCCGAGGCCAGACAAGCCUUCUUCAAUCCCAUUUUCGAGAGUGCUCUCGAACCAAUUAAAAUGUCCAUAGUUACUGAAGCCUUGGAGCCAUUGGAGGUUCUUCCCGUGGAAGAAGCCAGAAAAUUGACUGAGAAAGAAAUUCGCAAGAUCAAAAAGAAAGAACAAACUCGACUCCGUGAACUUCGCAUAUUCCUUCGGGAAAUAUGGACUAAAAUCAAUCGUGAUCAGAAAUUUUUCAUGUUCCGAAUUCCUGUGGACACCGAAGAGGUCUACGAUUAUCUUGACUUUGUGAAGACGCCCAUGGACUUUGACCAAAUGCUCACCAAAUUAGAUAAUGAAGAAUACUUUUGUGCUCAAGACUUCCUGGACGACAUCGACUUAAUUGCUCAGAAUGCAUUAGCUUAUAAUAACGAUCUGAAUUAUGAGACCAACAAAAUAAUCUGCCAUCGAGCCAAGGCUCUCCAAGACUUUGCUUACGCCCUGAUCAAGGCUGAAAUGGAUUCGGACUUUGAAGAAGAAUGCCAGGAGAUUAAACAAAAAAAGGCGAAAGAUUCAAAUGAUAAUGGUGUCCAAGAAAAGCCUCAAGACAUCCCAGCUGAAGAAUCGACACCCACAAACUCAGCCACGCCGUGUCCAAGGAAGAAGAAAUCCCGGAAAAGAAGCAGCUGGGCGAAAGGGUUCGAGCAAGCUAGGAAGAAGCGGAAGAAGACAGAUAACAAGGAUGCCGAUGAGGAUGUCAACGAGGGAGUUGAGGAAAGCAAGACUAAUGGCCACACCUCAAAUGGAGGAGACAUCCGUCCAGAUCAAUCCGGAGACGAAAUCAACGAGAUGGACGAAUCUCGUAGUUCGAUAAGUAAUGGGCACCACGCCGAGAACCCACGCCCCUUUCCUGCAAAAUCCCUGCAAAACUCAAAAUCCUGUUCACCAAAAGGAAUCAUCAAAAUCAACCGGACCAAAUUACAUCAAGUACAUUUGGAAUUGGUAAAAGCGACGAAUGAUUGUGUUCUCGAAGACCUUGAGCGAGCUUUCGCCAUUCUUAUGGAAAUUGUCAACAAUUUUUGCCUUAGCGAAGACCGUGAAGCUCUCGUUCAUCUCCUCGAAAAACGAGUUAUAAGCUUCAAGUCUUAGGCAAUCUGUCGUCGACGUGUACAAAUAAUACUUUGUAUCGCAUCGUUUACAGACUCACUGUCUUACUUCCUGAAAACGUAUUCAUAUUUGAGCUACUGGAUUCACUCUUUUUUUGGAUAUCUUCCGAUUCCCUUCAAAGAAUGAAACAUUUGUUGCACUGCCAGAAUUGUCCCGUGUAAUUCGAGAAUAUUAAACAUUGAAAAUUGAA